GUUGGGUUGUUGGAUGAUAUUAGUGCCAGUCUGUGUCAGUUAAUGUUAAGCAGUGUUGAAUGUGGGUUUUCGUUAUUCUCAACAAUUCUCGUUUUCUCUGUUCUUGCUUAACUGCUUUUGACCGGGAAAGAUCUACGAUUUGGAUCGUCUCAGCAAGAAAUUUAGAUUUUUCAUAAUAACUUGAAUAUAAAGCUUUUAGGAAAGAAGAAAUUAUUUUGGUUAAACACAGAAAGGCAGAGGUGUUGAUAAAAUAAUCGAAGAAAACAUUUCUAAUAAUACUACAGUUCUACAGAUUCGUGAGCGACAAUGGUGAUGGAAGAGCAGCAGACAGAUAUGGAGCUAGAUUCGGAAAGAGUUCCUGUGCCUCAAGUGCAGAAAACAGUAGAAGAUUCACAUGUAGAAACAGUAAAUAAUGUUACAAAUGUUUCACGAGGAAAACCUAGACUUAGAAAGAAAGCAUUGCAUGCUGCAAUUUUGAAACAAAUGGAAUUUUAUUUUAGUGACGCAAGUUUAAGCAAAGAUCGGUUCUUGAGCAGUUUAAUUAAUAAUGAUCCAUAUGUUGACCUCAAUGUUUUCGUCAGCUUUAAUAAAAUACGGGAAUUAACUACUGAUAUAAAUAGAAUAAAUAAAGCAAUACAAUCAUCAACAAUGUUAUCAACAUCUGAAGAUGGAACAAAAGUUCGUCGUAUAACACCAAUUAUGGUCAAAGAAAAUACAGACGAAUGUACAGUUUAUGUACAAAAUUUACCACCAGAUGCAGACCAUGAGAUGUUAAGUGGAAUAUUCUCUGCAUAUGGUACAGUAGAAUAUGUUUCAGUUCCAAGGUACAAGCAAACCAAAAAAAUAAAAGGAUUUGCGUUUGUGGAGUUUGAUACACCAGAAAGUGCUACAAAGUGUCUAAAGGCUUUCCAGGAAAAAGGUUGCGUAUUACCAUCGCAUACAACUCCUGAUGAACUUUUAAGUAUUACAACUUUUGAUGAUGCUGAUAAAGAUGUGACAAUGAAGGGAAGGCAAAUCAAGCCAAAUGAAACCAAAAGAUCUAUGGAGAAUACUGUUAACACGAGUGAAUCGGAAUGUGCCGAAACUGAAAAUAAAACUCUUAAAGAUAAUGAAGAAAAUAUAACACUGAAUCAGUCUCUUGAGCUUCAUGAAAACAAAGACCAAAAAAAAGGGAGAAAAAGGAAACAUCAAAGUAUAGAGUUACCAGUAGUAGUUAAAGCAGACAAUGAAGUCACAAACCUUAAGAGAAAAUUUGAACCCUCUACUGAUAUGCAACUUGAUGAAGUAAAACAAAAUAAUGAGACACAGAACGAUGUUAUUGUAGAUGGUAUAUUAAAGAAAUCAGAUAAAUGUAAGAGAAGCGUGUCCUUAGAUAAAGAGGUAUUAGAAAAUUCCAAUGAUAAUAAGCAAAUGGUAUCAGAAAAUAAUAUGGUUGCUACCGUGGAUGAACAAAAAGAUACAAAUGAAAAGAAGAAGAAGAAGAAGAAGAAACGCAAGAGGAGUAGCAAAACAGAGGAUAUUAGCAUGAAUAUGGUGUUGCAGGUGAUGGCUAAGAAAGAGUGGAAAUAUCUUAGAAAUAAAUACUUAGAGUUGCAGAAAAGCAAGAUGAAACAACUAAAACAGCAUCUCAGAAAACCAAGAUGGAAUCAGUGGUCUAAUCAUGAGAAAAAUAAACCAGAAAAAGAUGAGGCUACUGAGAAAGAGAAAACUAAUAAUAAGCAGGAGAACACUGUAAAUAAUACACGCUCUCCCUCAUUUACUCCAGGAGUUAUAGUUAAGAUUGAAAUGAAUAAACCGUGUACUGACACGAAAGGGUUUAAGAUGGAACUAAAAGGCAAUAGUUCGGUAAAAUAUAUUGAUAUAAAUGAGGGUUCUUUCAUUGCUUUCGUGAGGUGUGAUACAAGUGAAGCAGCCCAAUCGUUUGCACAGAAAUCUAAUGAAGAGCGGCAUAUGACGAUACUUAAAGGUGAAGAUGAACAAGAUUAUUGGAAUAAAAUUUCACUUGAUAGAGAAGAGAAAUUGGGAAAGAAGACUAGACUUAAACAGAGGGGAAGAACAAAACUAUUGAAAAAGGCAGAGAAGGAACUCGGGAAGCAUAUCAAAUUUGACGAAGUGUAAUAAUGGAGAUAAUGUUAUUUCAUGAGAUGUGUUUAAUACUUGUAUAUAAAAUAUACGUUUUUUUUCAUAAUGAUAACUCGCAUUUAACAAAAUGAUGAACAUAAAUUUAUUUAUUACUUUA